CUCCUUUCCGUCUGCGAGACCAAAAUGCUACACCCGCCCUAGGACCAUCGCCCAAGGAGCCAGCAGCAGGAAACAUGCCCGUCGACACAUCCCUCUCUGCACCCUCGCCUGCCCAUACCAAUUCCGGCACCACCGCGUCGGCCCAUGCCAAUGUCAAUCGACCGCAGAUGCGACCCCUCAGCGCCACCACCACGAGGGCCAUAAACCGGAGUCCCCUGACCCCCAAGAUAGCCUCCAAGGCCCCGCAGCCGCCGACCACUCUAGCCACCGCGGCGACGCCCGCCGGCCGCCGUCCCCAGGCCCUCACCAUAGCCAAUUCCAACCAUGACGACUCCUCGUUUCCGCACCACCUGGGCAGCACCGUCACCCCUCGCUCGGGCGCGAGACAGAGUCGCGUCAACAGCGUCAGCACCACCCCGAAUACCACGCCCAACGUAGAUCGGUCCGACGCCUGGGAAUCCCGGUCGAGCUUUGGCCUGCCGAGCCCGAGGAUCGACGGCGACCAAGCCAGGAGAUCGGUCCCUUCUUUUGCGUCGAUACACUCGGAUGUGAAUCUACAUGCGAGGCCGGACUCGACUCACCCCGCCGAGUCCAAGUUCUUCCACGCCAGCGACGUGAAGCCCAGUCGUCCGACACCUGCUUCUCGGCCAACCCUACCGAAAGCGUCAACUUUCUUCUACGCCAAUGGAAAUACGGCAGAGAACAAAUCUCCUCACCAAGCUCCCUCCUCGCCGGCCCCGGGCCAUUCACAGGAUAAUCUCCCCAGCAAAUUCAUGUACGCCAAUGGGACUCCGGAACUGCGACAGAGCCCACCGCCUCCGGUCUCCCGUAGCUCGGGAUCCACCGUGUCUACCGCCCCUAAAGCGCCCACAAGCCGUCCCGGGACGAACCCCCCCGCUGCCGGCCACCCUUCCUCGCAGAGACCGAAUUCCCCCACGAAACCGCUGUCCCCGGCCCCGCAAACCCUACAGAAGCCCGGCAACGGCCUGGGCACGGGUCGCCCGCCUAUCUUGUCCCCUCAACUGGCGCCUUCCCCUCCCGGACUUCGCCGGUCGAGCAGCGGCGCGCCACGACCUAGCCGCCACUCUCGGUCUGCCAGUUUAGUUAAGGUAGACCCAUUUCCUACCGUCAUAAGUCCUGUCGUGGCCCUCUCAGCAUCUCCGGAAGCUUCCUCCCCCGUAAGCCUUUCCCCUUCCCGGGCGCCGCCUCUGACGCUCGCAUCGAUCAUACAAGCGGCCGAGGACUUUGCGGAGAAUGAGGCGGAGGACGAGGCGUCUACACCUGCGGAGGAAACCGAAUCGGGCGUGCAGAGCCCGGCCAGGUCUGCUCAUUCCGCAGAGCCGGUCAGCGAGCUGGUUGCAAAUGCGAGGCGCGAACGCAAGGUCCAAGACCUGCAGAUCAGGAACGCGUCUCUCGAGGCCAUCAACCGAACAUUGGAGCGUCGGCUACGGAAGCAGACGGCCGAAUUGCGAAGAUUCAAGCGUUUGUCCCUCGUCGGCCUCUCCUCCCUCUCAUCUAACCCUCUGUCCGGUGAGGCAUCGGCGGGCGCCCUCCCCGAGCCGCAGGACAUAACCGCGGCGAACCUUGGCGAUCUUGGUGAGGAGGAUGCCGCCGCGGAGGAUGAGGAGGGGGAAGAAGAGGAAGAAGAAAAGGCGGAUGAGGCUGAAGAAUCAUGCGACAGCGAUUCGGCAUCCGAAUCGCUCAGUCCGAGCGCCAUUGCGGAGCGAGAUAUCAGGCACCGGAAACGGGACGAGCAACGACUACAGCUCGACUUAUCCAAACAUCAGCAGGUCCUGGUCGAUUCGCAGAAGAUAAACCAGAGCAUUAGAAGGUGUCUCGACUGGACCGACGCGCUCAUUGACGAAGGCAAGCGGGCGCUCCAAUAUCGGGUCAGAGUCAGCGACGUGCCAUUGGGCGGGAGGGUACUACUCCCGCCGGACGAGGAGGACGAGCGACCCGCUUCUGCAGACAGCUUUCGCGACGACACAGUUACCCUCGGUGAGAAGAGCCUAGAAGAACGUAUAAGUUCGGUAAGUUGGGGCAUCGGAUCUCAGGAUAGAGACAGCGGGAUAGAACUCGGUGUCGACGGCGGCUGAACACAAGAAGAAGAAAAAAGAAUUCAAGUAACCACAAUCCUGCAGCUGUAGCCUGCGGCGAAACCGGCGCUCGUCCAGCACAUUCCCUUUUUCAUUUGGAUACGAUUCACUACAUCAUAUAACGCCGUUACAUACAGCAGCCUCGGGGCCGGACGACUACAUCACGAUGUGGACGCGGGUAUGGGGGAUCUGCUAUCCUUUAUCGCUCAUAUUUUUUUUUGUUAUAGUAAUUGUACCAUCAACGGAUACCCAUCAAUCAGAUAGGACACGUGCAGAGUCGGUAGACCAUCUCCACACCACUGGGCGCCAUCCGAUUUUUUUCUUAUUCGAGUCUCAUAAUGAUACCCCGGAACAUGACGAAUCCCGACAACAGGAAGAGAAAAAAAAAGAGGCCUAACAAGCAAAGCAGGGGUUUGGUUGGGGGGGGGGGACCCUAUGGAGAAGUUGGCAUGGGCUCCCGGUAGCACCCAGACUUGAAGAUGUAUAUAAGCAUCUACAAGAGAAUCACCUUCAGGUCAUGUGCGCCGGGGAGUGGGCAACCAGACCGGGGGGGAGGCCUUUAUGGCGACGUGAGAAUAGAUCAAUACGAGACUCGUCACCUUUUUUUGUCAGAGCACCCAUAGGCUACUUGUUCUCUGUGAGUCCUCGG